CUACAGUUGAGUGAGCUGUCCCAGCCUUGUUCUCCUCCAGUCCCUGAGGCCGUUCUUUACAGGUGCUCAACACUACAAGUGGGUUGAGGUUUCUGUGGCUGCUGUCCUUAGUGCAUCAGAGACCAUUUCAUGUGCUGAUGCGAAGUCAAGAUGACAGGUUUGCUUUCACUGCUGAAUGGUAUGACCCAAAUGCUUCACUCUUUCGGCGUUACGAGCUUCUGUAUUAUCCGAAAGAUGGAUCAGUUGAAAUGUAUGAUGUGAAGAACCAUCGUACCUUUCUAAAGCGCACCAAGUAUGAGAGCUUACACCUUGAGGAUCUGUUUGUGGGCAACAAAAUUACUGUGUUUUCUCGUCAUCUUUCCUUAGUGGACUAUGGGGAUCAAUAUACAGCACGCAAGCUGGGGAGCCGCAAAGAGAGAACAUUGGCUUUGAUUAAACCUGAUGCAACACCCAAGAUUGGAGAACUAGUAGAUAUCAUCAUUAAUGCAGGAUUUACAAUAACUAAGGCCAAAAUGAUGGUGCUUUCAAGAAAAGAAGCAGUUGAUUUCUACGUAGACCAUCAAUCAAAACCUUUUUAUAAUGAGCUUCUCCAGUUUAUAACAAGUGGUCCUAUUGUUGCUAUGGAAAUCUUACGGGAUGAUGCAGUUUGUAAAUGGAAAACAUUACUAGGGCCUGCAAAUUCUGCAGUGGCUCGAACUGAUGAACCAGACAGCAUUAGAGCAAACUUUGGACAUGAUGGCAUAAGAAAUGCAGCUCACGGCCCAGAUUCAGUUGCCUCAGCUGCUCGAGAGCUGGAGUUGUUCUUUCCCUCCAGUGGAGGUCAUGGACCAGCCAACAGUGCAAAAUUCACAAACUGUACUUGUUGCAUUAUUAAGCCUCAUGCAGUUAAUGAAGGACUAGCUGGAAAGAUUAUAAAAGCCAUCAUCAAUGAAGGAUUUCAGAUCUCAGCUUUGCAGAUGUUCAACAUGGAGCGUGCAAAUGUGGAAGAAUUUUAUGAGAUUUACAAAGGUGUUGUUGCAGAAUAUAUGGAGAUGGUUACGGAGUUGUGCUCAGGCCCUUGCAUAGCAAUGGAGAUUAUACAGCCUGAACUUCCAAAAGUGUUCAGAGACUUUUGUGGUCCUUCUGACCCUGAAAUAGCCCGUUAUCUCCGACCUGGAACUUUGCGUGCUAUCUUUGGGAAGAACAAGAUUCAGAAUGCUGUCCACUGCACAGAUCUACCAGAAGAUGGACUUCUGGAGCAACGUGAUGAAGCAGCAAGAGUUUUCCUAGCUUGGAUAACUUCAUAUGGCCAAAAGUGAGGGGAGGAAGAGCAGCUAACUGCGUCAUGAUCUCCCAUCAUGAGGUGCAGUACUUCUUCAAGAUUCUGGACAACUGAGAGCCCCCACCCUCAAAGCAGAAGGCAUGGGCACAGAGCAGUGUUCAUUCAUUUAUUUGUCCAAUAUGUCAACCUGACUGAAAUACAAGAUCAACAAGAGCACUGUACUCCUGGCUAGUAUUACAUGUUAGAACAUAGAGUUUUGCACUUUAGACAACAUUUAACACCAUUCUAUGGGGUACUGCAUUGCUUUUAUAAAGUUUAAAAUAAAGAUUUAUUUUCAAACAUGUGACUUUGGUUUAUUUCAUACAUUACACUUCCUUGCAGAAAAAAUAAAAUUG